AUGAAAAAGGAAAAGCAGGUCAACGCAAUCCAUGAACCACCAUCAUAUCAGGAAGCAACGGCGGGGUAUGAGGAAAUGCAGGCCCAGUUUUCCUGGGAUGAUCAGACCAUACGGCAGACCUUCAUCCGGAAGGUCUACGCCAUUCUCAUGGUCCAGCUCUUAGUGACUGUGGCCAUUGUUGCCCUCUUCACAUUUUGUGCACCAGUAAGAUUCUACAUUCAGACUCAUCCCAGUUUAUACAUGGCAUCUUAUCUUAUGUUCUUUGCCACUUACAUCGCACUGUCCUGCUGUGGGGAUUUGAGGAGGCAGGUUCCCUGGAACAUCAUUCUGUUAAUUCUUUUCACUUUAAGUAUGGCCUUCAUGAUGGGAUUUGUGUCGAGCUUUUACAACACCAAGUCAGUGGUUCUGUGUCUGGGAAUUACCUCCCUUGUGUGCUUUUCGGUCACCGUCUUCAGCUUCCAAAGCAAGAUUGAUGUGACUUCCUUUCAAGGUGUCCUGUUUUCGUUAUGUAUGGUCAUGUUGCUGUGUGCCAUCACCCUUUCCAUCGUCGUCCCCUUUGGAUAUGUUCCUUGGCUACAUGCCAUUUAUGCAGUCUUAGGAGCCAUCCUCUUCACUCUGUUCCUGGCAUUCGACACUCAGAUGCUGCUGGGUAACAAGCGCUUCAGCAUCAGUCCAGAAGAAUAUGUGUUUGCCACACUCAGCAUCUACCUGGACAUCAUCUACCUGUUCAGCUUCUUGUUACAGAUCUUCGGAGGAGGUCGCGACUAA